AUGGAUAAGACGGUCUCACUGUAAGCGGAGAAGGUAUGAAAAUAUUAAUAAUAGGACUUAUGCACCUAAUAUUUUGAUGAUGGAAAAUGCUUGAAAGUAUAUUUAAAAAAUAAAACUGCAAUUUGGUUUUUUCAAAUAAUAUAAGUUAGAAAAACAAUAUGUGAAAAUUCAUCUUUUACUUUAGAAUAAUAUUUGAGUGAAUGCAAAGAUUGA